GCAAUCACAAGGCCCAGUGGAUUAUUGUGAGUCCUGAAAAAAAGCGAAUUCGUCGCAACACGCGAUGUGGAAAGGCGAUAAUCGUCUGUUCUGCAAAGAAAUCGAGAAUAACCUAAAGUCCUCUAUUGGGCCUCGACCUAAUCUGUAUCCGAUCGGGCAGUAAAUUCCUCACAGGUCACUGAAUUCGGACAACCAGUCGACCGCAACAUCCAAUGCCCGUUCGAAUAGAGCAGAUAUCGCAGUAAAAAGGUAACCAUUAGCCAGCCGCAGAGAAGGAGGAGGUGGACCCCCAUGGCGCCCUUCAAGCUUAAGUUCCGGAUGGGCAGCUCACGGAGCACCUCGCAGGAGCACGACCCCGACCCGCAGGUGAAUGAAGCGCUCCUGGGCGCCCAGAGCCAGCAGCAGAACCAGCACUCGCAUCCGCACUCGCAGCCUCUCCAGGAGGCGGUGGAGGCCAGCAGCAGUUCCAGCCUCGACCUCGCGGAAACCAGCAGUCUCGGCCAGUUGAGCAGCGAGCGCAAGUUGCUCCUUCCGCCCACAAACAACACAAUGCGACUGGGGUAUCUUAACCAGAGUCGCACGCCGUGCAUCAACGAGUCAUUGACGGACACGGAUGCGGAUACCGUGCCCACUACCCCACCGCCUUCCUACGAGCAUGUACUAGAAGAGAACACUCGGCUGUCCCAGCAUCAGCGACAGUUCUCCCUGGACAGCGCCACUCCGAACCAGAACAGCAGGCGCAGCUCGGCAAACAGCUCGCGACACAGCGCAGCCCAACUGAGUGCCGCCCUAGAGCAGCUGGCCGGGAAUGGAGAUGCCGGAGACUUCUGCAAUGACCCGGAGUGCAGGCAGAAUUUGAACAACAACGGUGCCACAAACCACAGCAUCCACAUCCAGAACAACAACAAUAACGACGGAGAGCAGAUCUUUGAAGGCGUCAUCGAACUGGAAUUGCUGAGCAAUAACGAAGAUCAGACGGAGAUGUCAGCCUCUCCAUCGCGUCGCCAGGAAGAGCGAUAUGCGGGGAUAUCUGGAGCUGACGUGAAUCAGAGCGGACAGUGCCAGGACGACCAGUGUGUGCAGUGCAGCGAGGAACGAGCCUGUGGCGAGGGUGGGGGCCAUGGGACGUCCUUCGACGGGGAUGCGGCAAGCACCAGCAGCCAGGCGGCAGCCUCUUCAGGCGGGGAGCAUAACUUCUACGAUCCUCUCCUAAAUCGAGGCUACGUCAACUACAUUGAAGGUGGCAACGCGAGUUCGGGAUCUGGUUCCGGGAAUGCUCAGGUGUGCCAGGAGGCAUGCUGCAACGUAUCUGCCUCUGGAUCGAACGCAUCCCGGGGCGGACAGAGUGGAGGGUGGCAAAACCAGCAGGGUCAACAGGCCGACUGCCACACCAGCCUGCUCACGCCGGAGAUGAUGAGCAACAAGACGAGCAAGGAGAUCUACAAGGACCUGGCCAAGCAGUGGGGAAUAACCUGCAAAAUGUCCGAAAAAUGUCGGUGCAUGGACUGUCAGAGCCAUUACUUCGACUGCGACUAUGAUGAUAACGAGCAUCAGAAGACGGAUGGAGGACUGGGCGCUGGCACGCCCAUGUUUAUCAGCGAGGUGAUGCACGGAUCAGGAUGCAAUAUUUUGUAGGGGGUGGCAACCGGACUCCCCGAGGAUUUGCUGAACAACUACAAUUAUUUAUCUGUAUUGUACAUGUUUUGAGGGAAGCGUCACUUCACGUAAUUAGCACUGAAUGUUUGCACAUUAUUUUAAGGUAAUGCUGCACUGACAUACUAUAUGUUAUCAUAGAGGGAAUCGGGAAGAAACAUUUAUGGAAUGCCAAUUGGCCAGCCGCUUUAGGGGCUUUAAAAGUGGGGGGAAAUACCAUCGAAUCGGGAGGAAAAAUAUAUUUUUUGGUGUUAGCCGUAGGACUUAGGAGAAUCGCUAAAAACAAUUUGAACUGGAGAGGAAGGAAUUACGAAAUUAAUUGAUAGGUAAUACUACCCACCUUGCAGAUGAACAUCUAAAUAUCCCUGAGUGUGUUCUUUUUCUAGAGGCUUUAACCGCUUGAACGGUUGAAUAUUUGAAAAUUGACGAGUAAUAAUCCCAUUCGAAAGACUCUUGAACAUCAUUUUGCCCAACCUUUUGAGCUUGUCAUCCCGACUUCUUCAUAAGUACUCCCUAGCUGCUUUUACCUUAAUAUUUAUAUGUAUUUUUCUAAAUGUACAGAAGGAGUGUAGAAGAUUGAGGACGACCUCGAGAGAGGUCAGGAGCAGGGUGACCGGCAUUCCAGUGCCCUUUGAAACCGGGUACUUUCCGAACAGAGCUCUAAGCGUUUUCAAAACAUUUUGGUAGAGUUCUUGGCGAGAGUACUGGUGAAACCGGAGAGGCCCGCAUAGAUGACACUAUUAGUCAAUGUUAUCCACAUCAGCAAAACCGUAGAAUAAGCUAGUCGGCACUUUUGUGCUCGUUUUUAGACCCGAACAGGCGGCCUAGGCACUCUGCAAACGCUAAACUAAGUUAACUUCAUCGAAAUCACUAUACGAACAGUACUUACUUGAACAAACGAAUAUGCAAAACUUAGUCUGAGGGUUAACGUGGUCCUUAUUUAUUGUUGAAGCGUUAAAUGUUCAAAUUUGCUUUACGUGUACGCUAGACAAUUUCCAUAGAUGAAGCUGGUUUCACUCGACAAAUCACUUGAAUCUAUCUUGAAAAUUGCAGAUGCGUAGAUAGAGAAGCAAGAACCGACUAAGUCUGUUAGCUGUUAGAUGGAAGUAGGAUAUUACAUGAGAAUGAGUAGAGAAGUGCUAAGUCGAACAACCAAGUACAUUUUCCAUAUAUGUAGCUGUGUAGGGAAAGAGCCCAGAACUCGCAUCAGCAUAGCAACUAAUUUGAAACGGAUCGUAGGAAUUGUAAGGAUGGUAAUCUUUUGAGGUAUUCGCAGUUGAUCUCCUAUGCCUCAGAACUCUUAGGCGGGAGCAUACAAAAAUAUAUAAAUGUACGAAUAUAUGAAACACCA